UGUCUUUAAAAUAACUGAUACUUAUAAUUCUUAAAGUUCCUCGUAUGUUUUUUUUUUAUUUAUUUUAUAUAAAGCCAAGUCUUUGAUUAAGGGAAAAUUUUUAUUAAAGGAUUCUCCGAGUCUUUCCAUUGGAAAAUUUUUAUUUAACUAACUCCACUGCCCACUAGCUGCAAUGAAGCAAUUUUUUUUUAACUUUGGUUUUGAAUUUAUUUAAAAUUAAAUCUUUGCUUCUGUACAAGUUUUCUUCUCCAGUGGUUCAUCAAUGUUUCGAAGCACGUAUUUCACAAACUUAAAGGGAAAGACUAACUGACUCCAAGCUUAGAUUUUUGCAUAUAAGUUCUUCCCAAGAAAUCUCAUUUUUGCAAUAUGAACUAUGCCAAAAUUUUCCUGAAAUCAGUGUUCACAGUCCUUCUUCUCCAUUAUUGUUCUGCUUCAGAUUCGAUAACCGUUGACCAGCCCAUCAAAGACGACGGCACAGUUUUAGUCUCCAACGGAGGUACUUUCGCUUUGGGGUUCUUUAGUCCUGGAAAAUCUAGUUCUCGAUACCUGGGAAUUUGGUUUAACUUUUCAAACGCAACCAUUGUUUGGGUAGCGAACAGGGACAGCCCAAUAAACGACACGACAGGAGUUCUUUCCAUUGAUGAAGCUCAACGAAAUCUUGUUUUAAACGACGGUCAAAAUGUUCUUCACUGGUCAACAAAUAUUUCCAGCUCCUCCACUAACAAGAUUUCAGCCCAAAUCCUGGACUCGGGUAACUUAAUUUUGCUUCAAGAAGACAACAAGAAGGUCAUUUGGCAAAGCUUCGAUCACCCAACUCAUGCUCUGCUUUCGGGUUUGAAAUUAGGCCUAAAUUUAAAAACAGGUCUAAACCGGUUCAUCACGUCAUGGAAAUCCAAAGACGACCCGGGAACCGGAAAUUGCUCAUUGAGAAUGGUGCCGAAUGGUUCGCCGCAGCUUAUACUGUACAAAGACCGGACCAAAUGGUGGCGAGCAGGACAUUGGAACGGCCUCCAGUGGAGUGGCAUACCAGCUUUGAGCGCUCUCCCACGGAGUAGCUUCUUCAACAUUUCAUUCGUCAACGAUCAGGAUGAAAUCACAGUGAUGUGGAGCGUACUGGACCCUUCGAUCUUCACCUACAUCACCGUGGAUGGCUCAGGAUCCAUUCUACAAUUCGCUUGGCAACAGCAGCAGCACAGAUGGGUCCAAAUUUACAACGCCCCUGUCGACACCUGCGAUAACUACGCCAAGUGCGGUCCGUACGGGAAGUGCGACUUGUACAACACUAGCGGGUUCGACUGCGGGUGUCUACCGGGAUACGACCCCGUCUUGCCACAAGACUGGGCGUUGAGGGACAACGCCGGCGGCUGCGGCAAGAAGCAGGGAGCCUUGUCCAUGUGCGGAAACGGUGAAGGGUUUGUGAAAUUGGCAAGUGUUAAAGUUCCGGAUGCGGCCACUGCGGUCGUUGAGCAAAGCUUGAGCUUGAAUGAGUGUCGAGAGAAGUGUCUUAGGAACUGUUCGUGCAUGGCGUACGGGCUUGCUGACGUGAGGAAUGGGGGCAGUGGCUGCAUGACAUGGGAUGGGCCUUUAAUGGAUAUGAAACAGUUCUUGGAAGGGGGUCAAGAUUUGUUCGUUCGUGUGGAUGCAAUUGAAUUAGCUAAAUAUUCCAAGUCAGACGCGCUGUCCCCGAAAUGGAUUUUGUCUAUUGUUGGAUUGUCAGUCACUGCUGCUGUACUACUCAUUGCCUCUGUUUUGUACUGUUUAAAGCAAAGGAAGAGAAAAGCAGAUGUUGUUCUUGGACAGCCAUCGACAAUGCUGAAUGAUAUUUCAGGUAGCUUAAUGAGAUUUGAAAAUUCUCCAAGCAAAACUAGUAGAGAGAAAACAGAUGUGCUUUUCUUCGAUUUUUCCACAGUGGCUGCUGCCACAGACAAUUUUUCUCCUGUUAACAUGCUUGGAUAUGGGGGAUUUGGCUCUGUUUACAAGGGGGUUCUAGCUGACGGGCAAGAACUGGCUGUAAAAAGAUUAUCACAAUUUUCAGGGCAAGGUGUAGAAGAGUUUAAGAAUGAAGUUUUGCUGAUAGCCAAACUUCAGCACAGAAAUCUUGUAAGGCUUCUAGGUUGCUGUAUUCACAAAGAAGAGAAGAUGUUGAUGUAUGAAUACAUGUCAAACAAAAGCUUGGACUUGGUAUUGUUUGAUAAAAACAAAAAAUCAUUGUUGGAUUGGAGAAAACGUUCUCAUGUUAUCAUAGGAAUUGCUCGAGGCCUUUUAUAUCUACAUCAUGAUUCAAGACUCAAAAUCAUCCAUAGAGACUUGAAAGCAAGCAAUGUUCUACUUGAUACUACAAUGAACCCCAAAAUUUCAGAUUUUGGUAUGGCUAGGAUGUUUGGAGAUGAUCAAAUAGAAGCAAAUACUACUAAAGUGGUUGGAACAUAUGGUUAUAUGUCACCAGAGUAUGCAAUGGAAGGCCUGUACUCAAUAAAAUCUGAUGUCUUCAGUUUUGGGGUUCUGACAUUAGAGAUCAUUACUGGCAAGAAGAACAGCCAUUUCAAUGAAGUUUCCUCCCUUAAUUUGGUUGGCCAAAUAUGGGACUUAUGGAUAGAAGGAAAAGUUUUGGAGAUUAUUGACGAAUCAUUGGCUGAGCCAUAUCCAAGUGAGCAAGUCUUGAGAUGCAUCCAAAUCGGGCUGUUAUGCGUUCAGGAGCUUGCUGUAGAUCGACCAACCAUGUUAGAGGUUGUGUUCAUGCUGGGACAUGAGACCCCUCUUCAAUCUCCUAAAAGACCUGCAUUUAUUUUCAAAAAUACAGGUAGCGAUACCUCAACAUCGAAAGGAGUUUCUGUAAAUGACAUAACUGUUACAGUGUUAGAAGCUCGCUAAAGUUUCAAGCUUUAUUCUUGCAAAGUUUUGACUUGAUCUAAUAAGCGUUCAGAAUCUUCAUCCUUACAUGCAGCAUUGAAUUUUGUUUUUUAUUUGUUGCCUUGUGCUGCUUUCUCUGAAUUAGAAAUGUGUAAUAGAAAGUUUUUUUUUUUUUUAGUAUUACUAGUUGAAUUUGCGAGAUGAGUUUAAAUCAUUAUCUAAUUGUCGAAUAAUUUUUUUGUGCUAGAUUUGUAAAUACAUGUUACACUUAUUAAAUUCUUCUUGAUUAUAAUGUUCUUAUGCUCAAGUUAAAAUAAAGCAAUUUAUAA